UUGAAAUAAAACGGAAUUAAAAUUCAAAAGCAAAUUUGUUACACAACGAAUAAUUAACAACACACAGUUGUAGGUGCGUGAUUAUCAUCAUAUUUGUGGUGACACAGUGUAGUAUUGAUUACUGCAUUUGAAGAACGAAGACGUUUGAAACAAGUUUCGUUUUCGGAAUAUCGUCGCAGCUUGUGCUUCACCUGUGGAAAAUCUACUACAACAAAAUGGAGGGAGAUCGCCAUGAAGACGUCGGCAAUCAAAACGAUAAACCGAAAAAGAUGUCGAAAAUUGGAAUCAAUGGUUUUGGACGAAUUGGACGUUUGGUGCUACGUGCCGCAAUGCAAAAAGGCGCACAGGUGCUGGCCAUAAACGACCCGUUUGUGGAUCUCAAUUACAUGGUUUAUCUUUUCAAACACGACUCCACCCAUGGACGUUAUAAAGGAGACGUUACCACAGAGGACGGUUGCCUUGUCGUCAACGGCAACAAGAUUAUUCUAUUCCAAGAGCGCGAUCCAAAAGCUAUACCAUGGGCUUCAGUUGGAGUUGAAUAUGUCAUCGAAGCCACCGGAGCAUUUACCACAGUGGAGAAGGCUUCCGCGCAUUUGGAAGGUGGCGCCAAAAAGGUAAUCAUUUCGGCAUACUCACCAGACGCUCCCACUUACGUCGUCGGCGUCAACCUUGAUAUGUACGACCCUCGCCAUAAGGUAAUCUCAAACUCAUCCUGCACAACAAACUGUCUAGCACCACUCGCAAAGGUCAUCCACGAUAAUUUCGAAAUAAUCGAAGGUUUGACCACAACAAUCCAUGGCGUUACGAGUUGCCAAAAAACGGUCGACGCCGCCUGCAGUAAAUGGCGUUACGGCCGCGGAUCAUUGCAAAACAUCAUCCCAGCGGCGACGGUUGCGGCAACGGCGGUCGGCAAGGUAAUUCCGUCACUCACCGGAAAGCUGCACGGCCUCGCCUUCCGAAUUCCCACACCAAACGUCGCGAUUGUCGACCUAAACGUACGAUUAAGGAAGGAGACCACAUACGAAGAAAUCAAAGCCAAAGUCAAGGAAGCGUCCGAGGGCCCACUUAGAGGCAUCCUAGGCUACACCGAGGAGGAAUUAGUUUCGUCGGACUUUAACGGCGACACACAUUCGGCAGUUUUCGACGCGGAAGCCGGAAUACACCUAUCAGAUAACUUUGUCAAAUUGGUCGCGUGGUACGAUAACGAAAUUGGUUAUUCACAUCGCGUUAUUGAUUUAAUCACGCACAUUCAGACAAAAGACGAGGAGUACGCUAACGGAUCAUUUUAUCAGUCCUGUGAGGUUUAAGUAAUUUAUUUUAGUAUUUAUCAUUUACGUACGUUGUUUGUUUUAUAUUUAUUAGUCGAUAAUGUGUAUGAAUGCUCCCUUUUUGUUCGCUGUAGGUGUAUAUGAUAUUGCAAUUACAUUCUGAGAUUAAUUUCAAUUUUAAUAAAAAUUUCACGAAGAA